AUGCGCAAGCGCGAGGAGGUGCGGGCGGCGGCGCUGGCGAUCGAGCGGGAGAAGCAGGAGAAGCUCCAGGCGGAGCGCGAGGCCAUUGCGGCGCGGGACCGCGAGAUUGCAGAGAGGCGGGCCGAGGAGGAGAAGGCGCGGGCCGAGGCCGAGAUGACGACGGACAGCGAGACGGGCGAGAGGGUCAAGCGCAAGCGCAAGGCGGCGGCACCCCGGGGCGCGGCGGGCGAGGGCAAGGCCAAGAGGGGCGCGCGCAAGAAGAAGGGCGGCGACGACUCGGAGGGCGAGGACGAGGACGAGUCGGAGGAGGAGGAGCGGCCGAAGCCGAAGAAGAGACGUCUCGCCAAGAAGGAGACCGAGAAGCCCGGCAAGUUCAAGUCGGCUGAGAUUAUCGUCGACAGCGACGAGGACGAGGAGGCGCAACGCGACGAGGACGACGAGGAGGACCCCCUCGAGCGGGCUGAGAGGGCGCUCGCACGGAGCGGUCGCGCUGCUUCCCAUGACGGGCGCGACGAGGGCGAUGACGAGGGCGAUGACCGCAUGGACGUCGACGCCGGCAGAGGGGGCGACAAUGAUGACGAGGAGGACGACGAUGCCGAGGUCACGCGGCGACAGCAGAGCAAGCGUGCCCGACGCGGUCGCGUCGUCGAGAGCGACGAGGAGGACGAGGAGGAAGGCGACGAAGGUGUCGCGGCAGGCCAACGAUCAGGGGACGACGAUGUGGCGGCCGCCAAGGCUGACACCAGCAUGGCCGAUGCCGAGGACGACGACGAGGCGUGA